AUGGAUUCUACAGAUGGUAAAAACAUAGGAUUUGUUAAAAGACAGGAAUUGAUUAGUGAAAGUAAGGAAAUAGAAAUGAUUGGUCAUCUUCACGGUGACAUUUUUAACCAAGAUAAAUUUUUAAUUAAUGGUGUUGAAAUGAGUGUUAAAUUGGUUCGAUCAAGAGAGAGUUUUAAUUUAAUUGUUGGGUCGAACGAUGUAAAGUUUAAAGUUUGCAUUACGGACGCAACUCUUAUUGUGCGACGAGCACGAAUUAAUCCAAGUGUAUUACUCGCACAUCAAAAAGUUUUAACUUCUACCACUGCUAAAUAUCCUAUUACUCGAGCUGAAGUAAAAGUUUUAACAAUUCCUUCAGGUGUUCAAGGAAAAACUCUUGAUAAUAUAUUUUUAGGACAGGUACCGAAAAGAUGUAUAAUUGGAUUUGUGAACAAUUCUGCAUUUAAUGGUUCCCUUACUAAAAAUCCAUUUAACUUUGAAAACUAUGGUAUUAAUUCUUUCAGCUUAUAUAUUGAUGGUCAACAAAUACCUUCAAAAGCUUUGCAACCAUCUUUUAAUAAUAGCAUAUUUACAUCAGCAUAUCAUACUCUAUUCUCGGGAACUGGUAUUCACUUUCUUAAUGAAGGAAAUGGAAUCUCUUGUGAACAGUAUGGCAAAGGUUACUGUCUAUUAGCAUUUGACUUAACUCCUGAUUUAUCAGCUAACUCAUCAACUCAUUGGAAUCUCAUAAAGCAUGGUAGUGUAAGAAUAGAAAUACGAUUUGAAUCCUCAUUAAUACAAACAAUUAACUGUAUAGUUUAUGCUGAGUUUGAUAAUAUUAUUGAGAUAGAUAAAAACAGAAAUGUUACUGUAGACUAUAGUAGUUAA